CCCUCCCUCCUACCCACUUCCGGCUCGGUUUGCAAAGGGAAGGAGUCUUCAUCUAGCCGCUUAAAGGCUUCUCGGACCCUCCCUCCCUCUUUUCUGAGGAUGGACCCCUCAGAGGCUGGGGCCAGCGCAGCGGAGGAAGAGGAAGAGGAGGAGGCUGAGGUGGAGAAGAGGAAGAGGGCGGCCCCAGCACCAUCCUCCUCAUCCUCACUGCCAUUGGCGGCAGCGGAGGAGCCCCCCCUGCGCCCGCGGACGCGCUCCAACCCGGAGGGGGCCGAGGACCGGGCCCCGAGCGCCACCAUGGCCAUUGCCCCUGGCCCCUCGGCCCCCAACCUGGUGGGCAGCCGCAGUGAAGGCGAGGGAGAGGCUGGACCCCAAAGUGCCACUGCUGCUGGCCCUGCUUCUCCGGCCUCUUGGCCGCCUCCAGCCGACUUCCGGGUCAAGACGCCCAGGGUCAACUGCGCCGAGAAAGUGAUCAUUUGCUUGGAUCUGUCGGAAGAAAUGUCCCACCCAAAGCUGGAGUCAUUCAAUGGCUCCAAAACCAACGCCCUGAACAUUUCCCAGAAGAUGAUUGAAAUGUUUGUCCGGACCAAGCAUAAAAUCGACAAGAGCCAUGAGUUUGCCCUGGUGGUGGUCAACAACGAUGUCACCUGGCUUUCGGGGUUCACCUCCGAUCCCAGGGAGGUCUGCAGCUUCCUCUACGACUUGGAGACAGCCGAGUGCAAAUCCUUCAAUCUGGAAGGCCUUUUCAACCUCAUACAGCAGAAGACGGAGCUGCCAGUGACGGACAACGUGCAGACGAUCCCGCCUCCUUACGUGGUCAGAGCCAUCCUGGUCUACAGCCGCCCCGCCUGCCAGCCCCCUGCAGCCAUCACGGAGCAGAUGAAGAAGAUGCUCCAGUGCCCGUACUACUUCUUCGAUGUGCUUUACCUCCACAACGGCACCGAGGACAAAGAGGAAGAAGCCAGCUGCAAGGAGACCUUUGCCUUCUUCAGCAGCCUGGACUCCAAAGGCACGCACUACAAGUAUGAGGUGGCGCUGGGUGGCCCGGCGGUGGAGCUGCACAACUGCAUGGCCAAGCUGCUAGCCCACCCCUUGCAGCGGCCCUUCCAGACCCAUGCCUCCUACGGCAUGCUGGAAGAGGACGAGCCAUCCGAGGCUGAGGCCGUCGUCUGAGGGGCGCCCCUUUCGCCAGCCCCUCCCCAUCCCUUUUGUAUUGAUCAAUCAAUAAAUUUAUUAAUGCUC